ACCCAUCUUCUACCAACGCAUGUUUGAUGCCCUUGGUCUUCUGGUUGACUUCUUCCAUGCUAAAGGGAAAGGGUUAAACAUGGAGGACAUCCUCUCAGCACAGUUUCAGGAGUUGCGAGACCUGUUGACUUUUCACAAGAUGGACACCAUGUCUCUGAUUGAGACAUUCUACAUGCAGAUGGCAGAGAUCCAGAAGCAGCAAGAGAGUACAGAGUUUGGUAUCCUCAACUUCCGUGCUGUGUACAGAUAUGACUCCCACACACUGUAUGUCGAAGUUCUGAGUGCAAAGGACCUCAUCCCAUUGGAUGCGAAUGGUCUCAGUGACCCAUUUGUGCUUGUUCAGCUGUGUCCGGACCAUGUGUUCCCCAACAUCACUGUACAGAGCACACAGGUCAUCAAGAAAACACUACAUCCACUGUUUGAAGAGUCAUUUGAGUUUGCCAUCAGUCCUGGAGAGUGCCAGCACAAGGGGGCCACUCUGCUGUUCACCAUUAUGGACCAUGACCUGGUGUUCCAGAACGACUUUGCCGGUGAGGUGUACCUCGCAAUGGAGGACGUCCCUGGGGUCAGUGGUGAAGAGGUCACAGGAUAUGAUGCUCUCAGCAUCAUCUCCCUCCCUCUCAUACAGCCAAAACACAAAGGUAUGCUCCUCCCUCUCAUACAGCCAAAACACAAAGGUAUGCUCCUCCCGCUCACACAGCCAAAACACAAAGGUAUGCUCCUCCCUCUCAUACAGCCAAAACACAAAGCUUACGGUGCCUUGCAGAUCCUGGCACGUCGGACUUGGGACAAGGAGGCACAGGAAUUCGUGAAGAAACGGAGCAAGGUGGAGGAACAGGCAGCCUGAAGGUGAAGGCCCCUCUGGAGCUGCAUGCCGGAGUCAGUGAUCUAUGAUGUGUCUGUGCUCCUGUUGAAGACUGGUCUUCUGUAUAGAUAAUAUUUCCUAUGAGUGUGUUUCCAGACAAGAGUUGCCAUUGAGACAUGACUGUGGAGAUUAUAAUGGGGAGACAGAUCACUUAGCUGAGGUAUCAGCCCAGUAAACUAACAGGAGCAACACCUGAAGGGUGCUUUGUAUCCAGGUCUCGUGUGAUGAACAAAGGUAAAAUUAAUACGUCUGUUAUGUUUGGAAUAAAUCGGGAUACACAUAACAAAGUUAUGGAGGAGUGCACAACUCAGCUGCACCAUCUGACUACUUCACUCACAAUGUAAUACCCCUGUAUAGUUUUUGUCAAUCAAGACACUAUGUCACCCAUUCACAAAAGAGUCUAUGUUACCUGCAAGAUGUUUUGUUACAUCUACCUACCGGAAACUCUGUUACUAUACCUAUAAGCUACUCUAUUACCUGUAUAGACAGGAAGCUCUGUUACUAUACCUAUAAGCCGCUCUAUUACCUGUAUAGACAGGAAGCUCUGUUACUAUACCUAUAAGCCACUCUAUUACCUGUAUAGACAGGAAGCUCUGUUACUAUACCUAUAAGCCACUCUAUUACCUGUAUAGACAGGAAGCUCUGUUACUAUACCUAUAAGCCGCUCUAUUACCUGUAUAGACAGGAAGCUCUGUUACUAUACCUA